AAGGACGCACCGCUCCGCUCCUCUCCGGGACAGUGUGCGGGGCUGGGGAGACCAAUCCUCCAGGACAGAGAGGGAUGACGUCCCGGGAAGAUGGUAGUCCGCUCGGGCACCUACCGCUGGAAUAACAUGAAGGGAUGUAAUUUCUUUAACGACUCUGACUGUCCUUCACUGGGUUUGUUGGGACUUGUGGGAGAGGAGCGCUGAAACUUCUUGUUUUGAAUGAGUUUUAUUACCAUUUCUCCUAUAGGUUGUUAUAUUUUGUUCAAACUCAGCUGAGAAUGGAGCCGAUCUAAAGUUUUUUCGCUGCUUGUUUUACCUCCUGCCUCACUCAGACACAGGAUUCACUAAAGUAACUUUUUCCUCUCGGAGUUGAGCCGAACGGGAGAUGGAGCCGGAGGAGGGGAAGAUCUCGGUGUGGGUCUGCCGGGAGGAGAAGCUUGUCUCCGGCCUGUCGAAGCGCACGACCUGCGCCGACGUGGUCAAAGUCCUGCUGGAGGACCAGAACCUGCGGCAGGGCGCCUCGGCGGCGAUGCUGUCCGGCUCCCCUCAGUCCUACUGCGUGGUGGAGAAAUGGAGGGGCUUCGAGAGGAUUUUACCCAACAAAACCAAAAUCCUGCGGCUGUGGAGCGCCUGGGGAGACGAGCAGGAGAACGUCCGCUUCGUCCUGGUGAAAAGCGAUGCGUCGUUGCCCAACAACGGGCCCCGGAGCGCCGAGGCCCGUGUUGUCCAGAGCCGGGACAGCGGCGGCCCCGGCGGGGUGCUCAAGGGCACCGCCAGGACCUGCUGGAGCGCCGCUGCCGCCGCCGCUAACCUGUCACAGGAGAAACAGAGACGCAUCGUCAGGAAAGCGUUCAGGAAGUUGGACAAAAUGAACAAAAAGAAAGAGGAGGCUCUUUCGAAAGACAAGAGCUCCGUGGAGAAGAUGGAGACGCUGGUUCAUCUGGUGAUCUCCCAGGAUCACACCAUCCGCCAGCAGAUCCAGAGGAUCAAGGAGCUGGACCGGGAGAUCGAGAGGUACGAGGCCAAAGUGCACUUUGACCGGAUCAAGAGGCACGGAGUGAACUAUGUGCAGGACACAUACCUGGUGGAGCCCUCGGCGGAGACUCCGGCCGCCUCCUCGGACUGUAAACGCAAAGCGGAGCGGCAGGACGCGCGGUGCACGGCGGAGACGCUCGCGCAGUUCGAGGAGUACGCGCGCAGGUGUGAGGAGGUGGUGCGGCUGCAGGAGGAGCUGGCGGAGCGCGAGGCGCUCGUGGACAGCAUCACCGGAGAGAUCCAGGAGGAACUCAACCGGCGGUGGAUGAAACGGCGGCGCGAGGAGCGCGGAGCGGCGGCGGGACGGGACAAGGACAGCGCGGCGGACUCGGUGGACAUUUGCCUCUCUGCCGCGUCCGCCGCCGCCGCUGCCGCUCCCCCCGCCGCGGAGCCCGACGUGGAGAGUCUGUCCGAGAACGAGCUGGCGCUGGAGGAGGAGAGGAUCAAAACGCAGCUGGACACCAGCCUGUACAUCGGCCUGAGGCUCAACACCGACCUGGAGGCCAUGAAGGAGGACUUGGACCUGAGUCUGGCACUCUGGGAGGCCAGGGAGAGAGAACUGCUGGAUCUACUGGCCAAAGUGGAAACCAUGGAGAUAGAGCAGGUGAACAGCACACUGACCGCUGAGGAUGUCAAGGCCGAGCCCGGUGAGGUGAGCGCCGAGGCCGAGGCUGAGGCUGAGCCGGCGUCGGUGGAGAAGAGCGGCGGCUGGGUGGAGCAGGUCAGAGGUCUGUCGAAAACCUGCAACACCAACGACGAGGACUCGGACACAGGUCUGAGCUCCAUGCACAGCCAGGACUCUGACAACCCCCCGGUGUGCGAGUCACUGGUGUAGACUAACUGGUUUUAUGCAGCUCAAACAAACUCAGGGGCAGUGAAAUCAGUGUUGGCAAUACUGGGGAAAUGAUGUUCUCGUCCCUGUCCAAAAUGCACCUCAAUAUGGACACUGUAAUUCUAUAGCAAUAAAUCCUAUAUGUAGUCAUUGCACAAUAAGCUAGCAGGGGGAAAUGAUCUAGUGGUUCGAGAGACCAGCAGCUGGAGUUCAAGCCGCAGGUUCAAGUGAGCAAACGCCCUGCUGCAGGGCUGCUGUUCUUUAGCUGACCUUUGACCUCUCACCUCCCAGUGGAGGAAAGCAAGAGAGAAGGUAGCUUCCUGACUUUCAAUAAAGCAUCACAUAUAUGAGGAAUAGCCAACCUAGAGUAUUAUAAUAAGCCACGUAUAAUGCAUAGCCUACAGUGAGAAACUAACAUUAAGGUAUACUUGAUCAAAUGUGUAGAAAGACUUGAUAACAGUAGGAAGUCUGGGUGAUUAUUAGCUGAAAGUACUGAAAUAUAUGAAGCAAAUCCGGUAACCGUGAUCAGAAGGGUUUCCUUUAAAGAGUCGGCAUCAAGUGUACCUUAAUGGACGGUCUGCCAUCAGCUCCAUUACGGAUAGACAGGCCAGCUGCAAACAUACUGCAGAAGCUGUUUUGAAAUGCUACCAGGGGUGGGAUCAAUUCACUUAGUCUCUUCAAAAUAUGAAUGACACCGAUUGUAAUCCCGGCAUCCACUCUGAGUUAUUAUCCAGCGCUGCACGGCUUUCUCGAUUUUGUGUCAGUCAGUCAGUCAAGUCUUUUUUUUUUUUUUGGUUAUCAGUUGUUUUCUGAGUAAUGAAAACCGGAUUGGUGUGUUGUUUUGAUUUGGAGUAGCACCGCUGACCCCGGCCUGGCUGCUCGGCACAGCUGAUAGAUUGUGUGAUAUUGUCCUCACAGUAUAAAUGUGGUAUCUGUCUCCCAAGCACAACAAAGUCAUAUUUAUUGAACCACAUUGCAGAGCUGGACGGAGGAUCAGCAGCUUUCACUCUGUCCUGUAUUUGUCGAGUGUCGGAGGUGGGAUUUACACAGGUACAAAAAAUUGAUAGUUCUGAUUUUGUUUCAGUUUUUUUGUUAAAAACAGGAAGAAUCACAUUCAGCGUGGCCUCUUCCACACAGAGAUUUUUGCAUUAGUGUAAAUCUGGCAAUAGAUUGUUGAUUGGCAUUGCUUUGGGCCUUCUGACAUGGCAAACGGGACCGGGGGUUUGUUUCUUUGAAAAGCAUCUUCUCACUCAUCUUGGAUGUGUCUUUGUUUUUUUGUUUUUUGUUUUUGUUUUUUUACAGUAGAGAGCUUACAGUUUUUUUUUUAUCUUACAAGGAGAGUGGAGGAGGAGAAGGAGGAGUGCUCAGCUGAUAUCAGCACCCCAGCCAGACCAGACAAACAUUAGUGGACUCAAAUAUGGUUGAAAUGAUUUAAUGGGGCAUAUGAACUAUUAAUUCACUUAAUUCAUGGUUUCUCUACAGGAUACUUGACUUGAUAAUAUAGUUGUUCAUCUUAAAUCCAACAGUUUUGAAGAAAUAGACUUUUUUUUUUUUUUUGUAGAAAUGCUUUCCAGUCAGCAGAAACCUGUAAACAAAUGAAGAUGCUUUUGGGGAAAAUCGGCCUUACUUAGUGGAGUUUUCUGUCUGUCAAAGUUGUGACACUGAGGUAACCUCUUCAAUGCCUUUGCUGCGUUCAUUGCAACUUGUUAAAAACUGAACUCUGACCUAGGAACAAAAAAACAAAAACAAUGUGUUGUCCAGUUGAGGAUGACAAGUUCAGGUAUCAUUUCAGAGCUCUGGUUUCUGCGAUUUCAGUUCAAGUGAUGUCAGAGCACACACAUAUGGCAACUACUCUCCCUGCAUUGAAACGCACAUAUAAGCUACAAAUGCUUCCAAUUUACACCAACGCAAUAACUGAAUCAAUAUAAGAAUGUUCAUUUACUACUUGAGCAAGACUUUGGUCUUUUGGUCUUCUGGUUUCCCCGAUGGAGGAAAAUGCAGAGUUUCUUCCUCUUGUCCCCGUCAGUGUUUCUCAAGCUGACACAGCGAACACAACACUGUGGCAGGUUGGAAAUUUACAAGGUGGGAAUUCUGAUCUCACAGUUGAAAUUAACACAGCAUCAUUGUGACUCAGUUUUUACAUCCUGGAAACAAACAAGGAGCGUGUAAAGAAGGAAGCGGCGACACAUCAGAGUGUCAGUUUCAGUUUGCUGCCUCUAACACUGAAGUCAGUGGGACGGGCACGGAAAAUCCCACAAUAAACCACUAUACCUCUGCUGUUUGACCUCUGACAGGACAGAGAUUCAACUAUAUAACAAAGCACACUUCGCACAAUGCAGACUGGUGUGUUUUGUCCCGUGAUCACAUUAGUUGUCUUUGUUAAUGGUAUCAAAACAUCAGGAGUGUUUCCAGCAGCAGCAUAAAGCCUCAUGUGAAGCUCAGCUCUAGUCACACCAUGCUGAUGUUAGCCACAUGCAAGUUUGAAUUGUACAAACUCGUAUGUCAAAUAUGCAGCAGACAAAUGACUCAUAAUUCUGAGCUGGCUGGGGCAGUAACCUGUUAAGUAAGGCAUAAACAAAGGGAUGUUGAACCCGUUCAAAACAAUGACCACCGCACCAUUUUUGUCCAGACUCAGCACCAGUUUGGGCUCACUUGGUACUCAGCAGCAUAUUCUCCCUUCCCUCUUUACACGUUCCUUGGAGACCGAUGUCUCAAAGCAAUAGUAGCCUAAACUGUGCUUCCUACAUGCACUUGAAGGACUUGCAUAGAUACGCAUGCAAAUUAACAAGCAAACAAACGAAAACCAGGAGACACAUGUCGGAACUGAAAACAUACUGCAUAUUCUGAGGUCAUCCUUGAACCAAAUCGUGACAUCUGUCCUGUAGUUUUGCCAGCCUGUCAUACUGACUUUUCAAUGUUUGACUGUCUAACUGUUAAAACGGUGAGAAGUAAUAACUUUGUAACACCAACCAGCAUUAGAGGAGAUGCUGUUUUCCCGAUGGAGGGCAGCAGCACGUGGAGUGAGGUGCAGUCCUAGCUCUAUCCUGCUGUUCCCAGAGCGGCCUGUGUCUGUGGCUUGAUCAGGACGUAUCGGGGGGACAGCCAGGGCUUUUAAAUCCAUGAUGUUCAGCCCAGUCUUGCUAGGUAGAUGGCUCUAGAUCAGCGUUCUAACUCUGUGAAGCUUCAUGCACAGUGAGAUGCACCAUGGCGGCAUCUGAACGCCACUCAGCGCAAUAUUAAACUGUUAGUGUUGAAAUA